CUUCGACCCUUUUCCUGUAAUACUUGGCUGCAUUCUAACUCGGUAUCCUCCCUCGAACCAUGUCUGCCAAGACAGCACCCAGCGUGCCUCAUGGCACGUACAGCCUCGACCUCUCAAGCCUCAAUCACCCAGAAGAUGAGCUGAUAGCGAUGCGUUACGCAUUUAAACCGGCAUCAGUAACUCAUACCACUCCUGGUACUUAUUAUCCCUCACAAGGUUCUUCUACCAGCCAACCCGCACAGGUCGUGUUUGACGUCAAGAACGGAUCCCAGGUUUUCGACGUGAGGGAGGAAACUAUGAAAGGUCGAGAGUGUGUGAUGAUCUUCAACGAAGAAAAUAACACAUUUGAGCUUCAUCCCUUGUCGACAACACUGCAUCUAACUGUCAAUCGUAAUGCGUCACAUACAUACGCCACCUCGACAUCCAGUACAAGCUCUUCUUCCUCCUUGCCGCUUGCAGCAAAACUUCAUACAGCUCAGGAAGACCCCCCUGAGAUAUCCAGCCAGGCAGAGGACGAGGAAGCAGGGAAAGGAAUGCCCCGCCCUACGAAAAGGGCCAAGACGACAGUAGCUGAGAAGAGUGAAAGAGAUAAAGGAACUUCACCCCCACAUGAGGACUUGAAAAACUUGAAAGGAAAUCGAGGAGUGGGCAAAGGCGGAAAAAGUUUGCCACGGAAUAAGCCUCUUGAAAGUGCCCCUAUACCUGUCAUUGGUUCCGCUCGCACACGGUCCAUCACAACAAACGUGAAGAACAAGGGUGGUAAAGGUAAGACUACAGGAGCAAAGAGCAAGGCCAAAGGGAAAAAAGCGGAAACUACGCCUCGUAGCAAAGUCAAGAGCGCGGAGUAUAUAGAAGAUUCGGAUGAAGAAAUUGGGGCGAGCGAAGAAGUGCAACUUCCACCCAGUUCCGCAAGAAAGCCUAGAGCUAGAGGGAAAGAGACUCGAGAACAAGCGGAAGAGGAAGAGGAGGAGGAAGACGAUAUGGAUGAAUUUGCCAACCUGCUUGGACAAAGUCUAGCAGAAGGCGGGGAUUACAACGACGCGGAUGCUGAAGGGGAAGACGAAUUUGAGGAGGUCCUCACUCAACAGCUGCAGCAGCAAUAUGCUCAAAGCGAUGCCGGACUAGGGUAUGAUGACGAGGAUGACGAAGAGAGUGAAAGUGAAGACGAGGAUGAUGAAUUGGGAGGGGCCAGAUUGGUUGUACGGCAAAGCGGAGUGAUGGACGAUGGCUCAGAGUGGAUAUAAAAUGAGGGGCAUUCACGGAUAGCAUCCAGCAUCUGGUGCCCUUUUUGCUAUAUCAUAACAUUGCUUGGUAGUGCUUGUAACGGUGUAAAAGUUGUGCUUCUGUACAUAUGUUUAGCGAUAGGAUUUUGUAUAUACGUAUAUGUCAUGGCACAUGAUGAUCUCA